UUCCCUUUCCUUCGAUUCACCACGCGCCGAGCCUCUCCUCUCCAGAAUGCCCUCCUCUUCCGAGACCAGAUCGUCGACCGUUGCUCGUCCUCUUCCGCCGCUGCGCUCGUCCCACCUCAGCUUCCGUCAUCUACGCCUUCGUCACCUCCGCUCUUCCACUUCACCACCAUCGUCGCCUCCUCCUCAGACAGCGAUUCGUCCAUCUCCGGCCUUGCUCUUCCCGCCGAUUGCCGCCGCUGCUGCUACUCGCCCUUCAUAGAGGUAGAGAGAGGAGAGAGGAAGAAGAAGCGAUUUGGAGGACAGAGAGGGGAGAGGAGAAGUCUGAUUUUGUUUUUAUUAUUCUUGGGGAAAAAGGGAGGAGAGAAGAAGAAGAAGAUAAGGAACGUGGGUGGGGUUGGGUUUUUUUUUUCUUUCUCUCAAUAAACUCGGUUAAUUGCG